GGGUAAUAUUCUAAGUUGACAACGGAAACUAGCAACAAACAAUUUUCAGGCGUGGCUUUUUACAAGAAAACAGAUAAUUAUGAAUUAAAUCGUGUCUUAAAUAAGUCAUAAGUUAGCUAUUUUAGCUGGAUAUUAAACUAGGAUUGUUCUAAAUGGUGAAAACACAGUGAAACAAGUGCCUGAAUACAUUAAUAAAUAGGGCGUCGACUGCAGUAGUAAUAUAACGAAAAGUAAACAUGUACGGAAGAAAAACGCCUUCGACUUAUCGAUCGACCCCCUCGGUAUAUUCACAUUAUACCGGGAAAUCUUCAACAAACCUCCGUUCUUCGAAGUCAGUGAGAUCGCUAAGAUUGCCGUGGUAUCAGAAGCCUAUACUCCAUGAUGCGUUCUUCUUGGAUCUUCAGAGAGGAUCGCUCCUUACUGGAUUCUUUACUCUGUUCAUGGCCUUAUUCACGUUUGCGGAGAGCAUCUUCGAUUUGUACUGCUUGUACAUGGCAACACCGGGGUUCACUCACACCGGGUAUUAUGUCAUCAGCUACCAAUUUGUCUACGUUGGAAGUCCACCUGUUCGCAACGUUCUGAUAAUAUUCGCGCUGUUUUCAUGGCUUGGUUCCGUCGCUGUUCUCGUUACAAGUAUAAUACUCAUCAAUGCUCUUAGAAAGUUAGUAAUGCAAGGUAAAAAUAAGGAAUACGAAAAACGCAUAGUACCCUGGCUGUACACUUUCGGCGUAUUCAUUAUCUUCCGUCUCAUAGCGUUCAUAUUCGCCUCCAUAGUGAACGACAUGAUUUUCGCUUACAACGUUAUAAUGUGUCUGUGCUGGAUUAUUUUCUGUGCCGUCGGCAUGUAUGGCUGGGUGCUGGUAUAUAGCUUGUAUCUAGAGCUAGCCGAUUUAACCAAGCUGGAAGAUUUGGCUCAUUUGAGGAUGGGUACAAUGGCAUCUCUAAACGCGUCCCUCGCGGGGUCUCGGCCCACGACCCCGCACAGCACGGUGUCCACCAUGCCGGCCUCGCAGAUAUGAUGCGAGGCCCCGGACCCCCCGGACGAGGCCACGCCCCUCGCACACGCGCACGAGGGGGGCCUUGAGACACCCGUGUGAAUUCGAAAAGAUUGGUAUAGUUUAUUGGUAAAUACUAACUAAGAUUAGGCAGAUUUUUUACUAUUAGAAUCGCUCUAGCAGGCAGUAAGAAAUUGAUAAACAUCUUUGUGCGCGAACACAAUCAUGCUAGCUGUGUACUCGCACGUUUUUUAUUUAUCUUUUAUCUGAUUGAAAUAUCUAUUCUUUUCUAUGUAAAAUUUUCAGCCUGUAUAAAAAUCAGCCCUUAAAAAGUUAUUCAGUAGAAAAUUUAUGUACGCCAAAUAACUGUAAUGUUUGCCUUUUAUAGUAGAUCUUGUAAGUCUACAAUUUUGUACUUUAUGUAUUAUUUGCAUCCAAAAAUAUAAUGUCUAACCAACUGUCGCUCGUCUGAAAACACUAAGGUGAUCCCUAGACGAUCUACUAAAUUGCGCAAUGAAUUUUAGCGCUUAAAUGCACAAAGUUAUUUUAGGCCUAGUGGCCGACUAAGUUUGUAAUAAUUUCAGUAAAAUGCAAAUUAUUUAUGUAAAAUGCUAUUUUAGUAACAAAAAAACUUUUUUAAACUAACAAUUCGCUCGGAUGUUUUAAGAGGGGUAUUCAAUGGUCCAAACAUGGCAACUUAAUCUUAUAAUAAUUAUAAUUCUAGUAUAAGCAAAGAAAACCUUAAAAUUAUGAUCAAAAUAUACUCUAUGUAUGAAUAUUGUCAAAAAAUACUAUCUGUCCCGCUUUCAAGGCAAAAGUACUGAACCGAUUUAAAUUAAUAUUUGGUACUCAGAUAGCCGAGAGCCUAAAAAAGGUGAUAGGCUACUUUUUACUCGACAGCGGGAAGUAGCUACCUGGGACACGAGUAAAACCACGGGUAACUGCUAGUUAAUAAUUUUUGGGUUUUAAAGGUAUACCUUUAAAACACCGAAGAAAUAUAUUUCUGCCUUUUAAAUUAAAAAAGGUAUUCUGAUUAUUCAUUGAUAAUUCAUUGUUUUUUCUUAAAAAUGCCCUUAUUUAGUAUAGAUUUUCCGUCCUUUCUAUAUUUUAUAAUUAGUUUAUUUUUAGAGCCGAUUUCUCAAACACCAGAUAACUUUUAUUUGAAGAAUAAUGUUUGACGUUUUGACAGCUUUUAUAUAGAAAUAUAUAUUCCUCAUAUAUUUUGUAUAGAAAUAUAUAUUCUCCAUAUAUAUUCCUCAGAUAUAAGUUAAGUAAUUAUUGAAAAAUCGGCCCUCAAUCGAAAUAUUUUAAUGUUAAGAAUCUCAUUAUUACUGAUGUAUAUUUUAGUCUUUAUGUGAUGUUGUUUAUAUAUAUCAUUUUAUUAUGACUCAAUUUUAUAUUUGUAUAAACAUAAGAAAUACAUUUUAUGCAACGCGUAUGCAUGUUAUUAAUAAGCCUUUAAUAAAUUAAGAUCUGUUUAAAACUAAGGAAUUUUAGAAUCACAUUUUUGCGUUGUAGAAUGAAAAUGCAAUGACUGAAAUUAUGAAAUCAUGCAAGAUUAAAGAUUAGAAAUACUUUAUAAAUGCAAAAUUAACUCAUAUCAUGAAUAUUUUUAAACUGAUCUAGAGCAAAACUUGUAUUUUUAAUAAGCGAUAAGAUUUAUAUAGAACGCACCUUAGCAAUACAAUAAUACUACAUUUACGAUGAGUUGCACCAUUUAAUUAUAACGAUAACCGAACCAUUUUCAGUUGUCAAAUCGCCGAUGUGACCAAUGGGCGGCAAGUAUACGGCUGGUUAUGGUUUGAUGUAUAGUAUGAUCAAAUUCGCCUGAUCUCUCUCCGGUGGUGCCGGAUUGUCGUCCCAUCGCGCUAUGAGAGUGAAGGAAUAGUGAGUGCACCUGUGUCCAAGCAAAUGCUCGUGCACUAUAAUAUUUCCUGCGCAGUUGCCUGAUCUCCUUAUAUGAGAACAGCCGCCGAUAAUUGGCUUGUUAAAUGGUGCAACUCAACUUAUAUUACAUGUUUAACUAAUUAAUAAUAAUUUGUGUAUAAUAACGACUGCCUCUAUGCCAUAAAAAGAAAAGUAUUACAAUCACUGUGUGUGCCUUUUUAUAGUGCCUUGAAUUUAAGCACAAUUUUUGUAUAUGUAUUUUGAAAAGAAAAGUAUUUUGAUAGAACGACUGAGUGGUGACUAACAACCAGUUUCUUCAUCAAAAGUAAAAGCCAAAGUAAAGUCAUAAAGUAAAAGUAACGGUCAAAUUCGUUUUUUCAAGGCUAAAGUGACAGCAAAACUAGUAGAAAGAAUGAAUUUGACCGUUACUUUUACUUUAGACAUUACUUUGAGUUUUACUUUUGAUGAAGAAACUGGCUGUCAGUCAUUGUAAACUUAUAUUUUCACUAGAAUUUUACACAUAAGUUCGCUGCAAUUAACCUAAAUAAUAAUAUUUCUGAAAAACCUGAAUUUAUUUCGGCUUAUUCUGGCAUCAAAUUGUAACAUAGCCUAUGCAUUAUGUAACAUUUCUGACUAACUUAGUACGUAGAAUAGUUGACUCAGUUCCGUCCAAUGAGCAUUUUUUACUUUACUAUAAAUAAUAUUGUACCUACAUAUUGUGUGGAAUAAAUUUUUAACUAAGAACU